GGUAUCUCGUUUUUCACUCUAACAAAAUAUAAUCCAGAGCUCGUCAUGUAGUCCAUAUUACAAGAUUAAUCCCCCUCACAGUGAUAUGAUCUUGCUAUUUUAUAAAAGCAAAUCUAAGUAUUUAAGUGAAAUAAACUAUGUCUUGUGCGGCUGUUGCUCAUUUAAAAUACAUUAUGACAUUAAAAGGUUUAAAGAGCCACCUGGCAUUAGAAACUGAAGUCCUUUUUAGGUAGGUGUGUCGCUUUUAUUUUCCACCUGGUGUCUUACUGCCCCCUGGCGGCCGUGUGGUGUAUUGGUGUUCUGGCCUGGUGGACGCUUAGUGGACAUCCUGAACACAGCUGGUGUUGUUCAGAGGCUCGGGGGGAAAUUACACAAAUCUUUGACAUUUUCUGACGAAAUUCUGCACCUCGGCGCAGCAAUUGUUGUUUUUCACGUCGCAAGUGUCCCUUUGAAUCGCAGCCCUGCAUUCCAAGAAGGAAGACGAGUACUUCACCAUGAGCUCAGAUGAUGGUGACAUGGAGAACCAGGCUGAGCUGGAAGAGAAGACGAGGCUCAUCAACCAGGUGUUGGAGCUUCAACAUACUCUAGAGGAUCUGUCUGCCAGAGUGGAUGCUGUCAAGGAGGAGAACCUGAAGCUGAAGUCGGAGAACCAGGUUCUGGGUCAGUACAUUGAGAACCUCAUGUCUGCCUCCAGUGUUUUCCAGACCACCGACACCAAGAGUAAACGAAAGUAAGGAAAUCCAAGGAGAGCACUGACACACACACACACACACACACACCCACACACACGCAUUCCAGAACCUGAACCUGAACCCAGUUUGUCCCAGCUGACUGGACUCUGAUCAUCAACAUCAUGGACUCUUGAUGCUGCCGUGUUGCAUUUAUCGCAUUGGAAUGUACAGCUAAGAAAAAAGAACGCUGGAGAAUUGAAACCCGUUUUCAGGUGACUGGAAAGACCCCCAUUUUUGUUAAAGGCUUUGCUUUUUGUAAACACACAACUCAACGUCUGCCGCUCCUCCAUGGCUUAACGGUCGAGAGAAAGAGCGUCGAUAAGCUUGACCAGAGCAGAAAAUCGGAGAAAACACGCCACUGAACAAAGGCCGACACCCAGAAACGUUCCAAUACAGCAAAGUACAAAGAAAAUACUAGCAGACAGCAGGCACCAUCACAUACUUCAACCCGCUAGAAGUAAGUGACGACUGAGAAGCUUUGCUUUUUUUUUUAAUAGGAAAUUGCUGCAUAUUAUCCUUUUAAGCCGAGCUUAUUAGCAGAUAUGCGCCGCAGGUUUUUUGCAAGUCAAAUGCAUUGUGGAAGCUGCGGCAACCCUGAAACACAGUGUUGUACUGUGCUGUAUGCAAAGAUGUACUCGGCAUGUUUUAGACGCUCGGAUCCACAUCUAACUGCCCCUCUCAGCCUGACCAGUCCCAGCACCCCGAGUGCUGAGCCGAGCCGCGAGGGAGAACAUGCCAGUCUGACAGUGUAGUUUAACAAAGCUUUGACAUGUGCUUUUAUGUCUGACAUACAUUGUGUAAACUGUUGGUUAAAAACUGGACUACUGGCUUAGUCACACUUGGUUCAGAACUGAAUGCUAGCGGGUAGAAAACUCAAUUUCUUAAUAGCUUAUGUGUGUAUAUGAGGGUUUAGAGCAAAAACUAAUUUGCUGCGGGCUAUCAACAUGACUGGUUCAUCUGUGUGCUGCAUUUGUUUUCCAUAGAGAUGCACAAUACGUAUGCGGCGUGGAAAUUCACAUUAUGGGCUGUUGUCUGAUACUGAAAUUAUAGUUGAUAUAUAAUACGUCAAUAAAUGGCUGUCAUUGACUUAACAAGCGCCGCAGCUUCACGCUCUGACGCGGUCGGUGGUGGUUCUGGACCACCUGGUCUGAGCAGUGCAGGAUGUGACGCACGCAGAUCAGUUUGCUGGUUUUUGUUGUCACACACUUUUCAUCGUUUCAAUAAGUUGAAGAAUAGUUAACUGAAAAUUGCUGCACCACCGGAAGCACAUAUGCUUUUUUUUUUUUUAUGUUUUUAAGCUGGCGAAUUUUGCUAGCUUUUAAAAUAUUUUUGCUAAUUGUGUUGGCUGAGGAAAAAAAUUCUUAUUGUGCAACCUGAGUUUUGGAAUUUCCGUGAAGUUUUUGUGUCAUAUGUCACCCUCUCAUAGACGUCUGUGUGCUCUGAUUAGCUAACCUGCCACACAUUCCAGUGAGAUAAGGCUGCUGGUAGCAACGGUAAUAACUUUAAUCCAGACUACGCGGUCACGUUUACACUCAAACUAGUUAACGUUAGCAUUAACUAAGAUGUAUUAGUAACACCUGGAAGUGGCUAUUAUAGUAGUAGCUCUAGAACUGAUCACAGAGCCUGACAAACUCUUGCAAUAUUUAUUUGAUAGCAUAAACUCUUGGAGGGAUAUUUAACAUUUUUAAUGUACGACCUUUGCAGUUUGCGCACUUAAUAAUACAAAGUGAACUCAAAUGACAGCAAGUCAGCCCAGUCUGAAGAGUCAGUUCUUAGUCAAUCUGUCUCGUCAUUACCACGAAAAAUAUAUUUUACUUGUUGCAGUCCAGAUCUUGUUCUUUCAUUGCCGUGUUGCUCAUUGGCUCAAAGAGAUCUUUGGAACUCAUGAUGUUACUGCCCCUCCGCCGUCUCCACCGCCCAGAUCCAAAAAAUCCUUCCAUCCAACACAAAAUGUUUACGUUUAACUAACAUUUUUCUCCUUCGGGACAUAAUUGCUCCAACUUGGUCAAACACAGUUUUCAGUGUUUGCUGGGUGGAAGCUGGUGAGAGGAAAAGCAUGUUUGUCUCCCCAGCAGUGGUGUUAGCAGUGACCUCCUCCCUUUCCCUCUUUCCUUUUGUUAUUUAUUAGUCAGUAUUGCUGCCUCUGCCAUAGAUACCGUAAAGCUGUCAUAACGUGGUUUUAUUGCUACAGUUUGUAACUUCUCUGAAGAGACGUGGGUGUCACUUUUCGUUGCUGCUGCAUGCAGGCUGGGAGGGACGGGACUUUAACAGUCACUGUUGCAGUUUAUAGCCAAGACCAUAUUUCAGUUUUUAUUUGAACUGAGAGUCUUGUGUAUGUGCUUACUGUUAAGCUGGCAAAGCCUGGUUUAGCCUUUCAGUAAAUCAGUGACAAAUAUACUGUAUUUCAUGCAUAAAUGUGAAAUAAAUAUCAUUGAUGAAGUCUCAAAGUAAUCUUAAUCCUGUUGCAUUUGAACAUUGUUUACAUGUUGUUUUUGUUACUGACCUGACUGUGGUUUAAUAAAGUACUGAUCCUUUUUGACGA